AUGGUCCUCUACCCCGGCACGGACGACGAGGGUGAGCCCCAGGUCAAGUCGGCGUGCGAGCUCUGGCCAGUCCCAGCGCCGAAGCCGAAGCGCAACUGCGCCCGCGCCCCAUCCGCCGUGCUCGGACCGGCGUCGGCACUGCCCAGCCCUGGCCAACGCGUGCGGGUCAUUCUGGGGACGCGCCCUUGCGAGGCCAAGCAUCAGGCGGCCACCCAGCCCAGGAUCACCACCCUGGCGGUGCGCAACCUACAUAUCUCGACCUCUCAGCAGGAGUUCCUCGACGAGGUCAACCGCAGUGGGUUCGUAGAGAAGUACGAUUUUGCAUACCUCCCGAGGAACUUCGCGGAUGGCUCUGGGAAAGGCAUGGCGUUCAUCAACUUCAGGACUGCUGACGCGGCCAGCACCUUUGCAGCCGCUUGGCACCGCUCCAGGCGUCUCUGCACCAAGGACGAGGCAGGUAAAGACGUCCCGCUCAACGUUUCCGACGCCUCUGUGCAGGGCCUUGAGGCGAACCUGCGCAAGUGGAGUGCCAGACGGGUGACGCGCGUCAAGAAUGCUGACUUCUUGCCCUUCGUCCUCAAGGACGCAGAGCCAGAGCCGAUGGCCUCGUGGCUAGAAGCUUCGGAGCUUGCCGCCGUCGCCGCGACGAAUCCUCGCUGA